AUGAUGCUCAUGGAGCGGGUUGGCGAUGGUUCCGUACGGGUCCGGGUCAAGCGGUACCGGAAGCAGAAACUUGUGUCCAGGUUGAGUGACUCCGGUUUCGAGGAGGACUUUGCGGCUUCUCCGACGCCUCUCCUUGUGGACGAUUCUGCAGCAGAAGUUUCCUGCUGGUAUCUCCAGUAUGGUGACGUCGGCUACAGGAUCCAGAGGGAGAGGGAGGCGCUGUUUUAUCCGUGCAAAAGCCUCGCUCUACAGCCACAAGUGACGGCAGACGCUCGCUGCCAGCUGGUGAGCUGGCUGAUCCCGGUGCACAAGCACUUCCGCCUAUCCUUUGAGUGCUGCUGCCUGACUGUGAACAUCAUGGACAGGUUCCUGGCCUGCAUGCCGGUGGCCGCCGACUGUUUCCAGCUUUUGGGCCUGACGGCGCUGCUUCUCGCCAGCAAAAAGGUGGAGGUGUUCUCCCCCAGCAUCAGCCAACUUUUAUCUCUCUGUUGCGCCGCUUUCACAAGAGAACAACUCUGCAACCUGGAGUGUCUCAUCCUACUCCGCCUGGACUUCCGCCUGGACGCGCCAACCCUGGCAUUCUUUCUCGACUACCACGCCAGCCGCACGGAAGCCUCGAGGCAUCGUGUCGACCUGGCCCGUAAGGUGUGCGAGCUGAGCCUUGCGGACUACGCUUUUGACAAAUACGCCCCGUCCUUGACCGCCGAGUGCGCUUUGAGUCUCGCGGGCGAGUUACUCCGAGAGUCGCGUGACGACGUGGAGAAUUUGCGCGGGAACGCUUUGGCUCGGGAGUGCAGAAACAACCUGAAGCUUCUCGCCGCGCUCAACUCAUUGACUGCUAUAGAUGGAGAGAGACGUCAUUGGGAGUGA